CGCUGCGGAAGAAGCCGCCGUGUCGGGCGCCGCAGAUUCGCCAUAACCCGCCGCUUGGCUAGCCUCACCCCCCCCCCCUUCGCCCCACAGCGCCCCAAAUCCAUCAAAAUAAUUUUAUUUAUUUAUUUAAAGGAGGAAGGGUCGCGCGGCUCGGAGCUUUUUAUUAUUAUUAUUAUUAUUUUCUUUUAAUUUGGGCUUUCCCUUUCCCGACGAGGCCGCGGCGUUGGGGUUUCAGUCAGCUUCCUCCCCCCCGCUCCCCCCGGCCGCUGCCCCCAGCCCCUUUCCCCGCCCGGUGAUGGAGGCUGCGGCUGCAGGGAUCAAUUCCAUCUUCAUGUGUAAGCUUUGUAAUUUAUUUUCACCGAAUCAGUCAGAACUACUGUCUCAUGUCUCUGAGAAGCACACAGAAGAAGGGACUAACGUCGAUGACAUCAUUAUUCCGCUCCAGCCUCUAACAGCACCAGCAAACAUAAACAGAAAUGGAGAAGAGCUUCUUGCAGUGAAGAGGAAAAGGGGCAGGCCAAAAGGGUCUACUAAGAAGUUCUGUGCAGACGAAGAUGUGGCAGACAGUAACUCUACUCCAAAUGAAGAAACUCAGCCGGGGACAGAAGAAGGACCAGAACCGACUGAAGUCUCGCCGGGCAGCUUGGAAUGUAGGAAAUGCAAUCGGAAGUUCUCUAACACCCGACAGCUGAGGAAGCAUAUCUGCAUUAUUGUGCUAAAUGAAGGAGAAGAAGACGGAGACGGAGGUAAUGAUUCUGACGUUGACCUUGACAGGAAGGAAGAUGAGCGAGAAAAAACUCCAAAGAGGCCCAGAGUGCAGAAGACAGAGAGAACUCCAUCAACUAAGGAGACUGAGCAGGUUCCAGGAGCUAAAAAUCCUAUUAUAAGCGUGGUUUUGACAGCCCAUGAAGCUAUUCCAGGAGCCACAAAAAUUGUUCCAGUUGAGGCUGCUCCCCAAGAAAGUGAACCCACAACUCCAGAGACAACUGUUCAAGACCCAUCACAACGAAGAGGAUAUCAAGAAUAUGCAAUUCAGCAAACCCCGUAUGAACAGGCGAUGAAAUCAAGCAGGUUGGGUCCAACUCAGCUGAAGAUCUUUACAUGUGAAUACUGUAACAAGGUAUUCAAAUUUAAACACUCCCUCCAAGCACACUUGAGGAUUCACACAAACGAAAAACCUUACAAGUGUUCAUACUGCAGUUAUGCCAGCGCGAUCAAAGCCAACCUCAAUGUUCACAUGCGGAAACAUACAGGGGAGAAGUUCAGCUGCGAUUAUUGUACGUUCACUUGUCUCAGCAAAGGCCAUCUCAAAGUCCACAUUGAAAGAGUUCACAAGAAAAUCAAGCAGCAUUGUCGCUUCUGCAAAAAGAAAUACUCAGACGUUAAAAAUUUGAUCAAGCAUAUCAAGGAAACACAUGACCUUCAAGAUAAAAAGGUGAAAGAUGUUUUUGACGAGCUCCGCUUGAUGACACGAGAGGGCAAAAGACAACUUCUUUAUGACUGCCAUAUUUGUGAGCGCAAAUUCAAAAACGAACUUGAUCGAGACCGUCACAUGCUUGUUCAUGGUGAUGAAAGGCCCUUUGCUUGUGAGCUCUGUGGUCACGGAGCCACCAAGUACCAAGCUCUCGAGCUUCAUGUUCGAAAACACCCAUUUGUCUAUGUGUGUUCUGUGUGCCUCAAGAAAUUUGUCAGUUCUGUAAGGCUCCGUGCUCACAUCAAAGAUGUACAUGCAGAUAUGCAGGAAGCUUCUGUUUUUAACAGUUCUAUCAAUCAAAGUUUCUGCCUGCUUGAGCCAGGAGGUGAUAUCCAGCCAGAAGCGCUUGGUGAACAGCUUCCACAAACUGCAGAUGAAUUGACUAUCAUGAGUACUAAUGUUAUUAACACCCCAAAACCACCUACCUGUACAGGUGAAACAACAGCUGCAGAUGUAAACCACAAUGGUCAGCCUAAUGGUGACUUAAAAAUUGAUACUGUCCCUUCCCUAGAAUUUGAAAAUCCUCUCGUGGAGAAUGUAAGAGAGACUCUGUGUCAAGCAUCAACAGACACAGCAGUCCCAAACAUUCAGUCCUGUGUAGCAUCAGAUUGCUUUCUGCUGAAAAAUGGUACCUCUGCUCCUGAUGAGUUGAAAGUUUCUCCUGCAAACGAAGAGGAAGUUAAUCACUCCAGUUCUGUAAACGAGCCGGGUGAAGAAAUGCAGCUUUUGCUCUCUGAAGACAAAAGUUUAAAUCUAAAUCAGAACAAUGCAGUGACUGAGAAGCUUUCAGUCUCUGAAGAGCAAAGUCAGUCUGCUCCUUCUAGUGAAUCAGAAGCAAGCAAUCAGUCAGUUCAGAACUCAGCAGAAACUGCCACCCCUUUGCUAGCACCAGAUUCUAAUGCAGCCAUCAGCCCACAGGCGGCCUCUUCUAAUGCAGAUCCAUCAGAUAAUCGGAGCGGAGCGGUUGCCUUUAUGCAGAUCUUGGAUAGCUUACAGAAGAGACAAAUGAACACAGAGUUGUGUGAGAGGAUAAGGAAGGUUUAUGGAGAUUUGGAAUGUGAAUAUUGUGGCAAGUUAUUUUGGUACCAAGUGCAUUAUGACAUGCAUGUUCGUACUCACACCCGAGAACAUUUAUAUUACUGCUCACAGUGCAAUUACUCUUCCAUCACCAAGAACUGCCUUAAGCGUCACGUCAUUCAGAAACACAGUAAUAUUUUGCUGAAAUGCCCUACAGAGCACUGUGACUACUCUACUCCAGAUAAAUACAAGCUCCAGGCGCAUCUUAAAGUUCACACAGAGCUGGAUAAAAAGAGUUAUUCCUGUCCUGUGUGUGAGAAGUCAUUUUCUGAAGAUCGACUUAUAAAAUCACACAUCAAGACAAAUCACCCUGAGGUUUCAAUGACUACAAUUUCUGAGAUUCUUGGCAGAAGAGUUCAGCUGAAAGGACUGAUUGGAAAACGAGCUGUGAAAUGUCCCUAUUGUGAUUUUUAUUUUAUGAAGAAUGGCUCAGACCUUCAGCGUCACAUUUGGGCUCAUGAAGGUGUCAAACCCUUCAAAUGUUCUCUCUGCGAGUACGCCACUCGCAGCAAGAGUAACUUGAAAGCACACAUGAAUCGUCACAGCACUGAGAAAACGCACCUCUGUGAUAUGUGUGGGAAAAAGUUCAAAUCAAAAGGCACUCUGAAGAGCCAUAAACUCCUUCAUACUGCUGAUGGAAAGCAGUUUAAAUGUACAGUGUGUGACUAUACAGCUGCCCAAAAGCCACAGCUCCUACGUCAUAUGGAACAACAUGUCUCUUUCAAGCCUUUCCGUUGUGCGCACUGCCAUUAUUCCUGCAACAUAUCUGGGUCCUUGAAGAGGCAUUACAACAGAAAGCAUCCUAAUGAAGAGUAUGUAAAUGUAGGUUCUGGGGAGCCUGCGGCAGAAGCCCUUCUCCAACAAGGUGGCAUCAAGUGUCCUGUUUGCAGUUUUGUUUAUGGUACAAAAUGGGAGUUCAACAGGCAUCUCAAGAACAAGCACGGCAUGAAGCUGGUGGAACACGAUGGGGAGACGAAGUGGGAGUUAACUGCCGAAGUUUCUGAGGAAGCAUCCACUCAGUAUCUCCAUAUCACAGAGGCUGGAGAAGACGUUCAAGGCACUCAAGCUGCUGUAGCUGCAUUACAGAACCUUAGAUAUACUUCUGAAAAUGGUGAAAGACUUGAUCCAACAGCUGUAAACAUCCUGCAGCAAAUCAUUGAGUUGGGUUCGGAAACCCACGAUGCCACUGCAGUUGCGUCUGUAGUUACCAUGGCACCUGGAACCGUGACAGUGGUAAAGCAGGUAAAAGAAGAGGAGCAGUCAGCCAAUCACACUUUGAUGAUACAAGAGACUCUGCAGCAGGCUUCAGUGGAGCUGUCUGAACAGCAUCACCUGGUAGUCUCAUCAGAUGAAGUGGAGGGAAUUGAGACAGUGACAGUCUAUACACAGGGUGGAGAGGCUUCAGAAUUCAUAGUUUAUGUUCAGGAAGCGAUGCAGCCCGUAGAAGAACAAACAGUGGAACAAUCUGUGCAGGAGCUCUAGAGAAUGGUGUUCAAAGGAGACAGCUGACUGAUUUGCCAAAGCCAAAACUUUCUUUUCCUAACAAAACCAAAAACAAUCAAGCUGACAAAUUUUCAGAUUAUGUGUGAGGUGAAACCAUACUACUAGAUCUGGCUGGACUGCAUCAGUAAUUUAGACAUUAUGGACAAAACUUCCUUGGAUUUUUUUUUUCCCCUGGAAAAAAAAGUACAUAUUUUGAGGAAUAAGUAUUCAUCCUUAUUUAAGAAAUCUGUCAUUUGAUUCCUGUAAAUAACCCAAAAUAUUGUCUGUUCAAAAGUGUGUUAUACCACAAAUUAAAAAAAAAAAAUCUAUAAAGGUAGCUAGAAUGUCUAGAAAACUCAUUCCCACUCAUCCCAUCUUACAGAUACUAAUAUGUGUUUUGACUUCACUGGAAGCAGGGAUUUUUUUAUUUUUGUAAAAUUAGAAGGACUUCUUAUUUUUGAGUAUAUGCUUAGAAUGUGUUUGCAGAGUUGUGGACCUAACCCAAAGAAAGGCUCAACACUUAGAAAUAUUCCACAGAUGGACUUUCGUUUGUGUUUGUGCGUUGAUCAUUUGGGAGAUAUUUAAAGCCAUAUAUGAUAAUUUGGGGUACCAAGAGCAUAAUUAUUUUUUAAAUAAUUGGAUAAUGAUAACUUCCCAUCCCACCUGUCCAGUACCAUAUGAUGAAACCAAAUGUUUGUCAACUCAGUGAAAUGGUCUUCUGUUUUUAAGAAAAAUAUAUAUUCAAAUGAUUUGUAAAUUCUAUUAAAGUUGAAUGUUGAUAUGUUUGAAAAAGAUGUUUGUAAAUAUGACUGAGUGAAAGAACUUGUACAAAAAGUAAGUAAAUACUGACAAAAAUUUAGAUAUUCUUAAUUAUGCAUGUAUAUAGUUCCAGAUUUUUCUUCAUGAAUCUUGAAUUGUUUCUGAUUUAAUAUUUUUAAAUUUGAGCUAUAAAAGUUAUUAAUUAAUAG